AUGCCGACUGGCCAAAGAGUAUGGCCUAUUUACACUCUGCACUUUGGAUCCUGGCCUGCUGUGGUUCUACACGGAUCCGAUGUGGUGAAGGAAGGUCUACUCACUCAAGAUGAUGAAUUCCUUGUGAGAGGACCUCUGCCCAUAAUUGAAGACAGCCAAAAAGGAUGUGGACUCAUCUUCACUAACGGAGAGAGGUGGAAGCUUCUGCAGUGCUUCUCACUCAUGAUGCUGAAGAACGUUGGGAUGGGGAAGAGGAGCCUGGAAGAGAGGGUGCAGGAGGAAGCCCCAUGCCUUGUGGAGGAAAUCCCCCCACCCCCAGCUGAGCCCUUUGAUCCCACCUUCAUUCUGGCCUGCGCUCCCUGCAACGUGACCUGCUCCAUCCUCUUCAAACAUUUCCACUACAAGAACAAGACAUUCCUCACCCGCAGGGACCUCCUAAAUAAAAAUUUUCACCAAGUGAACUCUGUGUGGUGCCAGAUGUACAAUCUAUGGCCAACCUCUAUGGAGUAUAUUCCUGGAAAGCAUAAGGAAGCCUUGAAAAGACUUGAUGAUGUUAAGGGCUUCACUCUGGAAAAAAUGAAGGAGCAUCAAGUGUCCCUGGAUCCUGCUAACCCUCGGGAGUGCAUUGACUGUUUCCUCAGCAAGACUGAGGAGGAGAAGUACAACCUGAAAUCUGAAUUUGAUCUGGAGAACUUGGCAACCUGUGGGUCCAACCUGUUUAGAGCCGUUGCCGAGACAACCAGUGUCACCCUGGGAUUCGGGAUUCUGCUGCCUGUGAAGCACCCAGAGGUGCAAGCUGCGGUGUGUCGGGUCAUGCUCUUUGCUGUUGUAUGGGGUGACAGCAUGCUCAUGACAACAUGCUGUGUUCAGAACAAGGCUGCAAUGAAGCCGCAGGAUGCAGCACACGGCGCUGCUAUACUCCCGCUGCUGUCUUCCAUCUUACUGAAUCAUAAGGAGUUUCCCAUCCCAGAGACAUUUGACCCAGUACACUUUCUGGAUGACAAUGGCUGCUUCAAGAAAACAGACUACUUUGUUCCUUUCUCCCUUGGUAAGUACACACGUUUCAGGCAAUGUUUAGCUUCACUGAAUUAUAUUCUGGCCAACGAGCAGGGACCUGACUACCAGGUUACAAUACUGAGUGAGCAAACUGUCAUCUUGAGCCGCAUUGUCCAACCGAGCUCUAAGAAAAGACGCAACGGCUCUUGA